AUGCAAGUCAACUACCUCUCCAAUGUUCUUCUCGCUUCAGUCUCUUUAAUGGCCCCUUCCGAUGAGGUGUGCGGGUUGCUGGCCCUGUAUUCGUUAGAUGUUCUUAAUCUCAUCUUGUUCCUAUGGUCGACAGGUUCUUCCGAACCACCUCCAGAGCCCUCCGAGCUAUCUGGCGGUAUCAUGGCUGUCCUUGGCGACAAUGCUAAUGUGUUAGGACAUUUGAUUGGCCAGUUUUUCUUGACGGGAGUUAAUUUCCUGUCCGCCAUCUAUCUUGCGGAAGGAGAGAUUCCGUUAGAGAAGAUGGGGCAUUUCGGAGCUUUGGUUAUCAUACUGUUGGAUUUUAUGGUUAGAAAGCCGGGCAAGAAGACGAGCAAGGGAAAGGAGGAGACGAUCAGGAUGGUUUAA